AAAAAAAAAAAAAAUAUUUGAUCGGCCAAGUCUUUUCCUACAUAACCUUUUUGAACUUUUACAACAUAAAGCUCUUCUUUACGAUACUUCAUAAGUUCAAUUGAUUCGCCAUUCCUUUCUUAAUAUACCUUGUAUAAUACUUCUCCACCCUUGUUCAUUAAUACUUUUGCAGUUUCUGUGCGCCGGAAUUUUUCCUUAAGCUGCGCAUCAGAUCUCGCUCGUAUGCUAUUCCUGUCCAAGCCAUAGAGGGUAUUAUAGAUUUACAACACGACACAAACCCCCGAUUAACCCUCUUUUCUAUUUUCUGUUGAUUCAUUAUGGCCGAAAAGCAGGAAGCUACUACUCAACCCUCCAGCCAGGAAACCGAAACCCUAAACGGCCAACCAGAAAAUGCUAAGGUUGACUCUAACGGUCAGACAGCUGAAGAAGAAGUAGAGGACAAUGCGGAUGCAUUGUACCCUCUUACUAUUCAGCUCCCCCAUGAGCCAAGCAAAAUCCAUUUGAUGGUCUCGCCUCAAGAACAAGUCCAUGAACUACGUCAGUCCGUCAUCGAACUGCCCGCCGCCUUUCAGUACUCCUGCUUCCACUUCGAGCACGCCGGCGAACGUAUCAACGACUUCGUUCAGGUUUCCGAUGUAAAAGGACUAGGACCAGACGCAGAGAUCCGUUUAGUGGAGGAUCCUUACAAUGAGAAAGAGGCAAGAAUACAUGUCAUCCGAAUUCGGGACUUGGUGGGUGCCGCAGGAGAUCGGACUGAUACUCUGAAUGGUGUCUUGCCUGGAGUCUCCCUUUUCGACUCAGUUACCACUAGCGCUCAGGAUAUUGAUAAUGUCCAAGCUAGUGCCUACGAAUUCGAAGCUCCUGCGAAGCCCUCGACUCUCAUACCACAAGAGGAAGAGCCCGCUCCUAAAACAGUAAAAUCCAUUGCUCUAUCGCCAUGGAACCCUCCACCCUACCACCUCAGACAGAAGGGUCACUUGCUAUAUCUACUCGUUACUACCAACGAGGGGGAGCAAUACCAAAUUACCUCACAUGUUAGCGGGUUUUAUGUGAACAAGUCUUCAAAUAGCAAAUUCGACCCCUUACCUCGAGCUGCUCCUAAGGGGCACUCCGCUCACUCCUUACUAACACUAUUAAACCAAAUCUCGCCCUCUUUCUCCGAAACUUUCGAGCAGUUAUUGCAGUAUAAUAACAAGAAAGACCCUCUCGCAACAUUCCAAAUGACAAACGCUAUCCCUGCGGCACCGUGGUUAGUACCUUCACAGUCUUCACCCUUGUGUGCCCAUAGUUCGGACAUCACAAGAACUCAAGAGGGAUAUCUUAUCUCCGGUGUUGAUAACACGGACACCCUACGAGACUGGAAUGAAGAGUUCCAAUCGGCGCGAGAAUUACCUAAGGAGACAGUUCAAGAUCGUGUCUUCAGAGAGCGAUUUAUCUCGAAGCUUUUCGCCGACUAUUCCGAUGCCGCCGCGAGAGGUGCCAUCUUAGUGGCUCGUGGUGAAGUCACCCCUCUUAACCCGACCGAGGGCCGCGAUGCCCAAAUUUUCGUCUACAACAACGUAUUCUUCUCCUUUGGAGCUGAUGGUGUUGGCACUUUCACUUCAGAGGGUGGCGACGAUGCUGCUAGGGUUGCUACUGGCAAGGAUGUCAAUGGUGUGCGUAUAGUCAACCAACUUGACAUCGACGGACUAUACAGCCCCGCAACCGUCGUGGUCGACUACCUCGGAAAGCGAAUAGUUGGACAGACAGUUGUUCCAGGUAUAUUCAAGCAGAGGGAACCCGGCGAGAACUCCAUUGAAUAUGGUGCGGUAGAGGGCAAGGAAAUUGUCGCUGCUGAUGAACGAUUCGCGCCCACAUUUGAAAAGCUUUCUAAGGCCCUGAAGGUCAAGAAGCACCCGGUAUGGGAUAAGGAUGGCAAGCGAUUCGACCUGGAAGCUAGCGUCGAGACUAAGGGAUUGAUGGGCACUGACGGGCGAAAAUACGUUCUUGAUCUAUAUCGCAUCACCCCCCUUGAUGUAUUAUGGCUGGAAGAAAAUGAAAGUGCUGAGGGAGAAAAGAAAGAACUCGAGUACCCUCACCGCAUGACGGUAUUGAGACCGGAACUCGUGGAAUUAUUGAGGAACCAGAAGUGGACCGAGUGGGUUAACAAAGAGCUUGCGCGACUAAAGCAACAAUCUCAGAACAAGUCUAAGGACGAAUCUAAAGACGAAUCCAAGGAUGAGGAAACCGAAAAAGAUGAGGAGAAAUUGUCCGCGGAGGAGAAGAGCGCUGAUGAAGAGAAGCCCAAGGAGUCUAGCGACAGUGCCCCAGCCGAGGCCGAAGAGCAACGCAUUGACGCUUCCGAAUUCCAUUUCGCACUCAACCCAGACGUUUACAGUGGUCAAGUCCCGCAAACCGAUGCCGAAAAGGAGGAGUUGGCUGCCGAUGAGGCGGAUGUACGGAAUGCAUGCAAAUAUCUACGCGAGUCAGCAAUUCCUGACUUCGUUAACGAUAUUAAUGUCUCUGAUCUACCUUUCCCCAUGGAUGGUCAAUCUCUUGCCAAAAUGAUGCACAAGCGUGGAAUUAACAUGAGAUACCUUGGCAAGGUCGUAUCUCUUUGCGAAGGUCCUAGACUCCAACGUCUCCGAGACCUAAGCAUACAAGAGAUAAUAUCGAGAGCAUUCAAGCACGUUUCCGGCAAAUACCUGCGAUAUCUACCUAUUCCCCUUACCUCCUCUUGUGUUGCCCAUUUACUCAACUGUCUUCUCGGAUCUGGUUUCAACAGCAAACCUACCGCUGAUAUUGACGAAUCUCUAAGAGUCCUAUACCCAGAGGCCGAUCUAGGAUUUGCCAACGUUACCCCAGAAAGCCUUCGACAAGAAAUUGAAGCUGAGGCAGUUCGCCGAUUCAAGUAUACCUUGGAAUCGGAUUGGCAUGCCCGUAUAAAGCACCUGCAACUCCUCCGCGAAGUGUCCUUGAAGCUUGGUCUUCAGUUAGUAGCAAAAAAUUUCCAAUUCACCAACGAACCCGCCGCUGCCCCGCCUACCAACGGUGUCAACGGCCACACCAAUGGUGAUAGCAAGAAGAAAAAGAAGAAGGCAAGGGAUGGUUCUCCGUCUUCUGUUGCAUCUUCCAUCAGCAGUCCAACUACCUUUAUUCCAGACGAUGUCGUCAACGUUGUUCCUAUCAUUAAGGACUCUGCGCCGAAGAGCACCAUCUCUGAAGAGGCAUUAGAAGGUGGUCGACAUUCCAUUAUGCAAAAUAACAGGAAAAUCGGCCAGGAGCUGUUAUUAGAGUCUCUAACCCUUCACGAGCAGAUUUAUGGAAUUUUGCACCCUGAAGUUGCACGAGCGUAUUCCAGCUUGGCACAAAUUUAUUACCAACUUGAGGAGAAGGAAGCUGCUGUUGAUUUGGCAAAGAAGGCUGUCAUUGUAUCUGAGCGAACUAUCGGUGUUGACUCGGCUGAGACAUUGCUGUACUACCUGAACCUAGGACUUUAUGUUCAUGGAUCUGGUGAUAGCAAGACAGCCCUCGCAUACGUCAAGCAUGCUCUUGAUCUGUGGAAGAUCAUCUAUGGCCCCGAUCACCCAGAUUCGAUCACAACUUUGAACAAUGCGGCAGUCAUGCUGCAGCAUAUGCAGGCCUACCACGAAUCGCGCAUCUGGUUUGAACAGGCCCUUGCCGUUUGUGAGCGUGUAAUGGGCAAGCAAUCUCUUCAGGCCGCUAGCCUCCUCUUCCAGCUCGCCCAAGCACUCGCUUUGGAUAACGAGUCCAAAUCCGCUCUUGGCAAGAUGCGUGAGUGCUACAACAUCUUCCUGCAUCAACUCGGCCCCGAGAACAAUAACACCAAGGAAGCUGAGACAUGGCUGGAGCAACUGACACAAAAUGCCGUGGCUAUUGCUAAGCGGGACAAGGAUGCCCAAGCAAGACGCCUACGCGCAGGAAUACGAUUCCCCCCUCGCAAUGUGGCGCUUGGUGGCGGGGGCGCGGGGGCCACAGCGCAGCCUGCCGCUCUCAACCAGCCGAAGUCGGAUAAGCCGGAUGCACGAAGCAUCGACGAUCUUAUCAAAUUUAUUGAGGGUAACACGGCUCAGAAGAAGAGCACUAAAAAGCGAGCCGGGCGCAGCGGUCCUAAGACCCGCGUUGGUGCUGCAGUAGCCACUUCAUGAUAACUUGAAAAAUGAUUACGGGGAAUGAAGUCUGAUAUGAAACACUAGCAUAAAUGAGGACUGGGGAUGGAUAGGUGCAUGAAAGGACGGGAAAUGGUAAGGGAUAGGGUGAUGAAUUACAAAAAAGCAAUAGCGUCUACAUACGACCUCGGGCAUCGCAUUUUCUCCAGGUUUUGCAGGCGUUUUUCUCUGGAACGGAAAGGAACGGAACGGAGGCAAGAUUUGUGUUGUUUUGUCUUCAUUUUUUUUCUCUUUUUUUCCAGUUGCAUACCUAAGGUUAGAUCUCAAAGUCGCUUUUUGCAUGGCAGCAAGCAUUUACACAACACAAUCUUCGGUCUUCACCCACUCGGUACUCAUCCUAUUAGGGUAUACCACAUCAUAUCCGAUACAAAUACUUGAGGAGGACACAUAUGUAUAUAAAAUGAGGCAAGGUACAUGGCAAUCGGUCGGUCGGCUGGUUGGUGGUUACUCAAAGUACAAAAAAAAGCAAAAUAGCUACAAGCGGGGCAUCAUCUCAGGAAAGGAAACCGGCACACACAACUCAUACAUACAAAACUCAGCGCAAUAAGCACGGAAUGUGGUUGCGGUCUAUAUUGCGUGUCAAUAGAUAUCAAUCUUCACUCUUGUAAAACUUUGACUUGUGCCUUAAAUCGUGUCUAAUAGUGGGCUAACUUUUUUUUAUAAA